CUCUCCGUGCGGGUCGCGGAUCCUCUCUCUCUCUCUCCGGUCUUUGCACACUGUAUUUGGUCGCUUCCUCCGCCCUCGAACGCCAAAAAACAUCAAUUGGAGCUGCGAAUUCGAUCUCGCCUUCCUUCGCUUUGCACCCGCGGCGCCCGGAUUCGAGCCCGGCCGUCGAAACCCUAGCGCGCCCCCCCUCCGCCCCACACUUUGGGCGCCGGAGCGGAGGGCGAUGGCGGCGGAACUGGGGCAGCAGACGGUGGAGUUCUCCGCCCUUGUGCGACGAGCCGCGGAGGAUUCCUACCUCGCCCUCAAAGAGCUGGUGGAGCGGUCCCGGGCGCCGGAGGACCAGCGAUCCGACUCCGAGAAGAAGAUAGACCUCCUCAAGUUCAUCGCCAAGACUCGGCAGCGGAUGCUCCGCCUCCAUGUGCUCGCCAAGUGGUGCCGACAGGCGAAGUUCAAGAUCAAUGCAAUACGCUUUGAGCUUAUCUCUGAUGGCACUGCAGCACAAGGAGCAAAUACUAGUGCUUUGCAACUGGCCCAAGACGGUGAACUCGAUUCAACUGGCCUAAAAACUCCUGGUUUGAAAAUCAUUUAUUGGUUAGAUGCUGACAAAAAUGCCGGGGGAUCUGAUUUUAGUUCACGUCCAUUUCUCAAACUUGAACCAGGGCAAGAUACACAGAUUAAGUGUCUACAUAAUUCCUUUGUAUUAGACCCACUUACUGGCAAGGAAGCUAUUUUUUCACUCGAUCAAAGUUGCAUUGAUCUUGAGAAACUCCUGCUAAAAGCUAUUGCAUGCAAUAUACACACCCGUCUGUUUAAAAUCUAGAGGGAGUUGAGUAAAAGUGUUAACAUUUGUCGAGGUACAGGUGAUGUUGUAUUGAAGAAUGAUGGAAGUAUGGUAGCAGAUCUAAGAAAGGUUAGUAAUGAAUAAAUUUAUUCUUCAUUUGUCA